AUGCUCCACGAAAUCCUCCUCUCGCUCUCAGGCCAUCCCUCCCCUCUCCUCCGAACCGACCGCACAGAGUCCAAUGCGGGCUCUAUAGUCUCACCUCCUGAGCGGGAGCUCCUCGCUACUGUUGCGCACCUCAGUGAUCUGCACAUCAAGCUACUGAGCUUCACCUCCCAGAUCAGCUCGUCGCACCCGUCGACGAUAUGUCGAGCUGUCGCGACGGCGAUAGACUCCAUCCACCUAGCGGCUUUCCAGCGCAAAGUGCUCGAGGUCGAGGAGUCCGUGCUACGAGGUGAUUCGAGGUUGGUCGGAGCAUAUAACAUUGUGCCACUGACAGCUGUCGUGAGCGAAUUCGCGGGAUGGACACGCAGAAUGGAAUGGCUCUGGGAAAUUGUUCAAUUCAUGCUGAAGCAGGAACGUCGAGAGGACAAGACUAUCUUGACAUGCACCGGGGCUCGUAUUAUCAACCGCUUACGCGAUGAGCUCCAGACUGGAUAUGUGGACAUUGAGGAGACAGCAUCAAGCCUGAUCAAAGUUGGCGAGACAGCUUGGUUGAAGCAAGUCUCCGCCUGGAUCCUAUACGGUCGCCUACCUGGAUUCGGCGCGAAAGACUUCUUCGUCCAAAGAGCAGAUGGCACGGAUGAAGAAUUCGUCAGCGUGGCCAGUCUACUGCCAUCCUUUGUUACGGCAACAACAGCUUCGUCCAUGCUGUUUAUAGGACGUUCUUUGCACCAAAUACGUGCCAAGAGCGGUCUUGAGUCUGGCGUGCAUGGUGUUGAUCAUCUUUCGUCGCAGCUGAAGGAACUUGCCAAGUUGUCGUAUCCACUCGACAGCGCCACGUUCUCACGAACAAUCACCGGUAUCAGGCUGUAUCUGUCUCGAAACACUCUACAGAAGCUGCUGCCACUAUCUAAAGUGCUUGACAUGCUGCAACUCCUGAGAGAUUUCUUCCUACUCAGCCGCGGUGAGUUUGCCAUGGCUCUUACUCAGCAAGCCGACGAGAAAAUACGGAGCAGGUGGAGGAGGGCAGAUAAUCUUGCGUACGAGAAGCGAGAAGGCUUGGGUAAUGUUGUAGUGAAGGAAGGUGAAGUGGCUGCGGUGCUGAGCAGGGCCUGGGCUGCUAUGGGAUCCAUGCAAGGUCAACAUGCAGAUGAGGAUGAAGGCCUCGAGUCAGCUAGGGAACUUCUUCGACUAACCUUGGCGAAGUCUAGGCCGUCGACUCCUGGAAAGCUGACCUCCAACCUCAUAGCGCAGACCCCCUUUCGCAAUCUCCUUUUCUCUGUUCCUGUGAUCCUGACACUGGACAUACCCUCUCCUCAAGACCUGUUUCUGAGCAACUCCGACCUUCAGACCUACACCGCUAUCAAUUCAUAUUUACAGUCCAUCCGACGAGCACAUAUCCGCCUAACGGAUCUUUGGAAGAUUACUUCACUGAGGCGACAUCACCCCCCUCCACCAGCUCCGCCACAUGGCACUACAAAGAGUGGGCGGGAGAAGACACUCAUGCUACGUAAGAGGCAGACAACUCGGUCCCUCGCAAUGCGCAAGGCAUGGACUACCUGUAGUGCUGCAAUAUUCUUCCUUGCCGAAACAGAGGCAUACCUACAAGUGGAAGUUGUGGCCUGCCUCUGGGAAGGCUUCCAGCGAUGGCUGACGACUGGCAAAGAUGAUGAGAGACCAGACCAGCCUAAGAAGGCAGUGCCUUCUUCGCACCUCCAAAGCCAGCUUGAUACUCAUGAGGAGGAUGAAGAUAUUUGGCUUGCCACAACAACCUCGGCUUUGAUGAUAGUACCGGGGCGAGAACAAGAAAACACCUACCAACCGCCGGAUCCACAGACUCUGGCAGUGGCGCACCGCCUAUACCUUAUCACUCUUUGUCGCUGCAUCCUCCUGACGCAACCGUCGUUCACUGACAUCCUAUAUGAGCUUCUUCUACAAAUAGACCAUCUCGUGGCACUCAUUCACCGAUUACACGGGAUCUGGACAUCUAUGGAUCUCGAAGCGGACGUCGGGGUAGUCGACGCUUUUGUCGACCUCGAGCGUGAGGAACGAGACGUAAAGGCAGAGAUCGGCACAACAGAGGGCCGCGUCAAGAAGGGCAUAGAAUCAUGCAUAGCAAUCCUGCGCACCGUCGAGCCCGAUCAUGAGGGGCUCGUUGUGGGUGACCAAGCUGACCUGGUAGGCGAAGCCAGCCUGGCUGAAGGCGGGAAGGGACUACGUGAGGAAGGCCAGUAUGUUCCCCGUCGGGUUGGCGGUGUCGAUAGGCUCCUGAUGAAGCUGGACUUUGGAAGCUGGUUUGGUUCAGACAGACAAGUCGAAGAGACCGACGAGCCUGAUGAUUAG